CCGCUUCAGCUGAAUUCAGACAUUCACUGAGGUUUUCUCUUACCCAGUUGUAUUUCCUUCUGAGAAACGUAACAACAUGUUUGUUCGAUGUGUUGUGUUGCUGCUCUGCGCCCUUGCUGCUGUUUCUCUCGCGGCUCCAGUCCAAAGUAACUCUACAGAAGAAAGAAAAGUAGCCCUGUUGGCCCACCUGAACGGGAAAGAUGAAAGUAAACAGACAACCACAGCGCCAGCUGAGUCAGAUGAGACUGAAACACCUGCUGCUGCCAGCGAAGUUGAGGAAGAAGAAGAAACUGAUGCAGAUUCACUUGAUGCUACAAGCAACAAUGGUAAUGACAGCCAGGAAAACCCAGAGGAAACUCAAGAUACAAACGACCAAACAGACUUACCUUCUCAGGCUGAAUCCCAGGAGAGUCAGGCCCAGUCUUCUGCAAUGAGCAACUCUGAAGACGAUGCCUCGGACUCAGCUGUUGAAACAAACUCAGAUGAAGCUGAGGAACAGACAACAGACUCUAAUGCUGGUUCUGAUGAUGGCACCAACAGCAAAAUGUUCACGGAUCAACCUGAAGGUGCUGCUGAAUCCACCCCUGAGGAUUUGGAGAAAGCUCUAAUGGAUGAAAUGGAGGACGAGAUGCCAGAGGAGGAUGAAAAUGGAAAUACUGACAUGUCCGAGGAAGAACCUGAAGUUAUUUCCGAAGGAACCACCAGUGAUAUGGAUCAAAACUCAGAAGUUAUUUCCGAAGGAACCACCAGUGAUAUGGAUCAAAACUCAGAAGAUUCUCAAGAGACCAACACUGAUAUGGAUGGUAUCUCAGCAGUUCUCUCUACCGAAGCCAACAGUGAAAUGGAUCAAGACUCAGAAGAUGAUAACAGGGAGGUGUCAGAGCAACAAUCUGAAGUGGUUCCUGAAGAAACUACCUCUGACAUGGAGCAAAAUGGUAUUGUUAUGCUUAUAGACAUUUCUUUGAAUACAGUUUAUGUUGUCUUUGCCUUGAUAUAACACUUUUACACUUUA